UGUGACCUCUCUUACACCUGACACCAGCAUAGCAACAGUAAAUCAUCCGACGAGAAUCUCGUUGAGAAGAACGUUGCUUGAAUUCGGGUUAAGCCUCUGAAUGAGUUGUAAAACGUGCACAUUAUCGGACGUUUAGUGAUUGUACAUCGAGUGCCAUCAUGUCUGGACUGAAUCCGUCAAGAACAAUUUAUAAUUCAGACGGAAAAUGUUUGCUAGAAAACUGGGUUGAGGAGCGUCAAGUGCAAGAGCGAGGUUUGGACAAAGUCCCGGGCAACAUGAAGUAUGAGAAUAAGUCUCUUCCUUUCAAAGAUGGUCACACUGCAAUCCUGUCCACUCCUAGCUACCAAGAUGCAGGCACACCAUUAUCAACAUGUAUGGAGUCCUACGCACAACCAGAAAAACUCAACGUCCGAACUGUUGGGAAGAAAAAAGAGUUGAUGGAGCGAGCACUGUAUGCCGAAGUUGCCAAAGAUGUUCAGGAUGAGGCUGACCAACCUCCACCGAUGCCAGAAUACCAGUCAGUCACCCACAAAGACUUUGAUGUGGAAGGAUUUGUCUCUGAACUGCCAGCUCCUGAGCUAGAGCACAAUGUAGCCAAUGAACAACCUAUCACCUUCUGGAGUGAACACAAACAGAAGAUUCCGGGAGUCACACAAGUCAAGACGUUAGACACACCAUUCAGGAAGAAUACAUCCUUCAGCAAGCCAAUUGAUGAAUAUUUCAACGAGGCACAACCAUAUGACAAAGAAGGUUAUCCUUGGAUGUGACACUGAUGCUACCCCUUCAGAGUUUACUCACAUGUACACGUAGAUAUUUCAGGCCACACUUUUUAUUUUUCUGAUUAGGAAUCUACCAAUAUUUUUGAAGGCCUAGUGGGGACAAAAAUUCAAACUCAAUUUUGGCCAGUUUUCAGUUUUUGUGAUUGUUGCAAUGGCAGUGUCAGCAUGGGCAUCAAUCUGUGAGGGAUAGGGGGACUUGCUAAAGUGGGGGGGGGUUAUCAUAUCAUUUGCCACCUUUUUCCCAGAACCUAAAUAAAAAAAAGCAGGGGGGAGUAGGCCUACAUUUGUUCCAUAUUUCUCAUAAAAUUAUUUGAACAAUAAAACAAGUCUUGCAAAAGCAUUUACUAAAUAAAUAGUUAAAGUGGUCAGAAAUUGCUUCAGAUCGCACGACAAAACGUCUUGAAUCCAACAUAGUCCUGACACUGUUUGGUUUGUGCUCCCAUUAGUUCUGUAUCAAGGUUAUCCCCCCCCCCCACUUUUGAAAAAUGAUUGUUGCCCAUGAGGGCCAGACCAAACUCAAAGAAUGAAUUUUAUUAUUUAUAAGCAACCUCAUAGUCAGUGUCAGUUUGAAGUUUUUCUGGCCAUACAUAAUGAUAAUAAUACAUGUAAUACACUAUUCCUGAUGCUCUGGAUACUACAUCACAAUUAUUGAGUCUUCUUAGGAUCCCGUUAGAGAUUAGUGUUUUCCUUUUCACAUUACUACUUCAUUUGUUUUUAGGGGUUUUAUGAGACAGAUAUACCACAGAGGAACAAACUUUUCUGCUGGCAAGAUUUGUGCCUUCAUAGAAAAUCUUUCAUAGGAAAUUAAGUUAUAAUUUCACGCACCUGUAUAAUUGACAGUUUGCAAAGGAGCAAUUUCAUUCACUGUCACUAACCAUGAGAGUUACUGAAGUGUAUACAACCAGUUCCUCUAGUUUAUGAAGUAGUGUUCCAACAGUGCUUUACUUCACAUCACAAGUGAUUUUUUUUUCAUCUGUUUGGUUCCAUCCAUUGAUAGUGCCUUCUUUAAAAAGUGUGGCCUCACUUGUACAUACAUAUUGUAGCAGGUUACAAAUUGUUUGUCUACCAUUCAAGUUUAUCAUUUUAAUAAUGAUGGGAGACUUUUGUUUGAUGAUGAUGUGUUAUCAUAGAUAAACUUUAAAACAAAACCAACUUUUUAUUGUGGACUUAAAUAAUCACUGAUGCAGAUUCAUUUUCUGGUAGUCCUAAAUUGAUUUCUGUUGGAUGGUAUACUUGUAUUUCUAAAUUACAAACAGUACUGUUGUGACUGAUUCUGUUGUAUCCGUCCGAUUAGUUACUUGUAUUUGUGAGUUCUGAUGCUUACCAAACAAUAAAUAUGUUUUCAGAUAUUCAUGGAACAUUUUUCCUUAGUUACUAUUCAGUUUGUAGUGUUUCUGUGAUAUUUUUGUUCUGAUUAAGCCUUCGGUUGACUAUGUUAAUUAUUGUAUAAUUCGUCGGCAUGUAUUUAUUUUGUUUACUGUUAGAUUAUGUGAAUGUUGGUCAUUCUAUGUGUCUGUUGUGUGUUUUAUGUCUCAAUAUUUCAUUCGGUAUUGUUUUAUUUAUUUAAAAGUAUGUCUAGAAGCCUCGGACUCCAGAAAAUUCCUCCACGUUGGUAUUGGCAAUUUUACAUGUGUAUAGUUACUGUAUAUUAUUAUUUCAUGUACAUUAAAUUUGUUCUCUGCAUUAUGGAAAUACA